AUGGUUAAGUUUUUCCUGAAGAAAGAACGGCUUAACUUUAUGAAGGGUUGGGCAGCCUCUCAAUGGGACAUGGAACAUGAGGUGGUACACGACCGAGGUUCUAACGAGCAGUUGACAGCCACCGCCAGCACAAAUGACACACUUCUCAGAGCCAUUGCUGAGGAGGAGUGUGACAAUAUCGAGGACACUGCUAUCAUUUACAACAAAUGUGCGGCACAGUGUGCACCUCUGAUUUCAACCCUUUACAAUUCGCAAGCAAUGUCGUGUGAGACUUUGUUCAGCCUCCGAUUGACUAUUCUUCCCCAGCUACUUUCACCAGCAGUUCCUGGGCUAGGUGGAAGAGAAUUGGUCAUUGCCGACCACGCAGACGUGGUUCUUGUGCAUAUUUUGAUUUUAGGUACAAGCGAAGGUCCCAGGUUGUCAAUACUGGAUCUCUUUCUCUUUGUCGCAGGCAUUGUUCUAUACAAACAUGAUCCCCAUGCUUUCAAGACAUGCGCACUUGCUCUUCUCGCCGGCUGGUGUGAAGACCGACAAUAUCCUUGGAGUAUCUCGGUGCCAUACCGCGUUGACGAGUCUAAUCUUCCUUUCCCCGACAAUGAUGAAGACGACAAGGAUGAUCUGCCAAUUCCAGUGCCUGUAACCCUGCCAAUUCCAGCUCCCGUAUACUUGUCCAUCCCAGCGCCUGUAUCUGGCUCAAUUCCAGCUCCUGUACCUCCACUGAUUCCAGUGCCUGUAUAUGGUGCCACUCCUCAUAGCUCCAUCAUUCGCCGGUCUGGACGUCUUCCAGUACCCACUGAGAAAGGACUGGCCUUCAGGAAUAGGCUCGCGCAGGACAAGUCCCGUCUAACGUGUCAACGAGACAUCCACACCACUCAAAUCAACGGCAUUCCUCCCCCACCUGGCAGCUGCACCACACCGGCACCCAUCGUCAUAACUCCCACUCAAAUGUCUAAUCCUCCCUAA